AUGAGUAAAAAAUCUAAGAGAUCUCCUCCAAAUGUCAUUUAUAAAGAUAGAUUUAUAUUUGGAGAAUUUCAUCAACUGUAUCCACAAUUACGAGCAGAUAAAGUAAUGUUUCGUGCAUACACGAGAAUGAAUACAGACACAUUUGACUACAUUGCUGAACAUAUAACACCAAUUGUUCAAAAAGAAUACUCAAAUUUUCAAGAUCCAAUAUCUGUUGAAGAACGACUGUUGAUAACUAUAAGGUAUAAAUGUAAUAGUAUAAGGUAUAUGAACAACAAAUUAUAA